UCGGUGCGGAUUCGGAGCCCACUAAAAGAAACGAGACGUUAAUCCCAAUGUUUUUCCGGAGUUCGUUCAGUCGUCGAAUAAAGUUUUCCUCCCAUCGACGGAUAACGGAGAGAUUAAUAGGCCGAGAGAAGGAUCGUAUACAACAGUGAUGAGAAUAUCGGUAAAAAAUACAGCAUGACGGUGUGUCGGAGGCGAAGGAACGAGGCAGCCAACCACCGAGCAACACCCAGCCGCCUUUCUCUUGCUGCUCUCCGGGCCCGCUUUCGUCGUGAGGUUCAGAGCCCUCUCCAGUUCUCGCACAAACCUGAUCCAGGAACCGUCGUACGAUGUCGCGACUGUUCGAACGGUCGCUCGAUUAUUCAAAAUGAACCCGAAUAUUUGUUGUUUAAAGAAAUAUUAGUGACUUUACGGAGGUGAAAUUAGUGGCGCUGACAUACAAAUGCAAACUUCUGCUGUCAGUUGAAAUUAAAAGGGCAAACAAGAUGGGAGUGCUGGUGUUGCUGCUGGUUGGAUUGGCUGCACCAAUCCUGGGAGGGUACAUUCCACCCGGUCCAAAAUACACGUGUCCGAAAGAACCGAUUUACAUUUACCCUUGUACGUGUACGAAGGGCAGCGAUCAAGGGCUCUUCAUUCGGUGCGAAAACACGAAUUUGGCGAGCCUCAGUUUGGCCUUCGUUAAUCUGGGCAACAGUGGAGUUCCCAUCGAAGAACUUCUCAUCUACAAGUGCAAUAUAGAACGCUUGUACGGGCCGGCGCUUUACCCUUUGAUGGCGAGGGUCAUCAGGUUCGUCGAAACCCCGCUGAAGGUCAUAGAGGAGCACAGCUUCCUCGGAGUAAAUCGAACGCUCCAAGAGCUGUACAUGGUGGGCGGCAGACUCGAGGAAUUCCCGAGAGAGGCGAUGAACAUUUUGGGAAACCUGUCGAUUCUCAGCAUAAAAGGACAUCGAAUAACCGGCCUGCUUGGCAACAGUUUUGGCGGAAGUGGUCUCGCCGGUAAACUAGAAAAAUUAGAAAUUAGUAACGGUUCCCUCUCCUCCCUGCCUACCGAUGCACUCACGCCGUUGAAGAAGCUCAAAACUCUCGAUCUUCACGGCAACGAGAUCGCCGAGCUCAAGAGAAACCAAUUCAAAGGGUUGAGAGACACCGAAGUUCUCGACCUUUCGCACAACUUGAUAACCAAAGUCGACCCCUCGCAUUUGGCGGACUUGACGAAAAUGGGCUGGUGCAAUAUGUCCCACAACUUGAUCACGGAAUUGAAGAGAGGGACUUUUGCGAGAAACUCUGUGCUCAAGGUUCUGAACCUCAGUCACAACAAAAUUCGCAAACUCGACGCGAAUACCUUUCGGGGAAUGAGGUUUCUCAGGAGGUUGUACAUGAGCGAUAAUUUGAUCAACGACGUUGGCCGAGGGACCUUUGGAACCGUCACGAGAAUAGGGACGAUAGACCUUGCGAGGAACUUUAUCAAGAAGAUCGAUUAUCAAAUGUUUCAUCAGCUCCAAUUCGCAGAGUUGCUCGAUGUUUCGGCGAACAAAGUAACGAUCAUAGAGAAACUGGCGUUCAAGGACCUCUUUUUGGCACAUGUCAAUUUAUCCCACAACCAGAUAUCCAUCAUCCAAGCUGGAGCUUUUGAGAAUUGUGCUAACAUAACAGUUCUUGACCUGAGCUACAACAAACUUGAGAACAUAACAAAAUAUGCGUUUGACAGUGCCACUUAUGCGACGGAAUUACGGCUGAGCUACAAUUAUUUCACUGCUUUGAAUCAGGUUCCAUUGCACAACAUGACAGGCCUCAAAGUCCUCAAUGUCUCUCACAAUAAUCUGCACUCGGUGCCGAGACAAACGUUCCCAAAGCUGUACGAACUUCACACGAUCGACUUGUCGUACAACAAUAUAUCCGAAAUUUACAACGCCAUUUUCCAGACACUUUUCAGCUUAAGGUUUCUCAAUCUUUCGCACAACUCUUUGGAGAAAAUAAAAGCAUCGACUUUCGGGCCUCUGCCCACGCUUCUUGAUCUGGACAUGAGUUAUAACAAGUUGGAAGAUGUUUCUCGGGGAAGUUUAACGAGAUUAGCGAGCUGCAGAACCUUGACUCUCAAGAACAACAAGCUGAAAAAAAUCUUCCAGUUACCAACGUCCUUGGGACAUUUGGACCUGUCAGAAAACGCUCUCGAAGAAAUUCCUCCCAUCGAUGUGUGGCCAUCCAUGAACGCGCUGCUCACUCUCGACCUUUCGAGUAACAGGCUCGGCGACAAUUUGCAACAUGGCAGCUUCGACCCGCUCUUGACUUUGAGAGUCUUGAACCUCCGUUCGAAUAACAUGACAAAACCGCCGUGGGCAGCGCUCAGCACUUUGAGCAGUCUUCAGUAUCUCUAUAUGCAGGACAAUGAAUUAGAGAAUCUUGAUAAAGCCGCUUUCGGAAGGCUUCCCAUAGUAUUUGAGUUGAAUUUAGCGAACAACAAGAUCAGGAACGUGAGCAGCCGAGCAUUCGAGGGACUGUUGCAGCUGCUGACUCUCAAUCUGACGAACAAUCAGAUAAGCUACAUACCGAAUGGAGCAUUUCAGGGGCUCGUGUCUCUCAGAACUCUCGACUUGUCUCACAACAGGCUCGAGAAAUUGGACAACAAGAGCCAUGGUUUGCUCGACGAUUGUCUUUCGCUAGAGAGAAUUAAUUUGAGCCACAACAAAAUAUCGUUCAUCACGAGAAAAACAUUCCCGAACGAUCCCUGGAUACCUUACAAACUCAAAGAAGUCGAUCUCUCGUACAACAGCAUGCCGGUCGUCACUUUUGACUUGACAGUCGGCACGAAAAAAGUUCUCCACAUGAAUCUCAGCCACAACAAUAUCAACGAGAUACGCAAGUACGUCAUCGGCAACAUGACUUCUGUGCAGACUCUGGAUUUGUCGUACAACGACUUGAACGAUGUGUCCGAAAAAGACGUGUUCUCGCCACCGGAGAAUCUCACGAGUCUUUACCUCAGCAACAAUCAUUUUGCUCAUUUACCUAUGGACAAAAUACUGCCCAUGCGAAAUCUCAAAGUACUCGAUCUCGAGAACAAUGAUUUCGGGACUUUUGACGAGAAGCUAAUGAGGGUCGUGGAAAAUGGCACUGUCCUCAGAUAUGGAGGGAACCCCCUUAAUUGCGAUUGCUAUGUUCGUCCUCUGAAGCGAUGGCUCGCGAGUUUGACCGAAAUUCCAUCGGAGUGGGCGAAUUUAAUUUGCGCAAGUCCGAGCUACGUUGCGGGAAAAUCACUGCCGCACGUUUCCGAGGAUCUGAUGGGAUGCAGCGAACGUGAAAUUCAGGAUGACGAGAAAUUCGCAAUAACUCCUGAUCUCAAGUUUCGAAAUAUCGAAUACAACCCCGAAGACGAUUCAUGGAAGGUGACCUGGUUCGUAACGUCGCGAGGGGACGUGGGUGAUUUUUACAUCGACGUUCGACAAGUCGGUGGCAGAAAAUCGGUGAUCAAGCAAGAUGUAAUAUACAGAGAUCGAUCAUUCACCAUUGGCAAGUUGCCGGACUCCUCGAUCAAGUACGAAGUGUGCGUGCUGGCCAGAGACUCCAUCGGGAACGUAAAGCACUACCGAAAUUCGCAGUGUCGAGUAUUGCUCAAGGACGGAUACGAAUCCUCGGCUAGCAGGCGUCAAACGGCCAUUUUGCCGAUUGUUUUCAUCAGCUUCGUCCUCGCGAUAUUGUGAUGUGGAAGUUGCAACGCGUCGAUGUGACACUAAUGAAGUGUCUUACGUUCAACAAGCCCGGGAUCAAAAAAUAAAGAGAUUUUUAUUUUUCACAACCAUUAAGGAGGUUCCACCGAUACGCUGCAUCUUCCAAAUAGUUGAAAUAUUCUUUCUCGAGUUGAAACUUUUGCUGCACGGAUUACAAACUCAUCGUUUAGCCCAUUCGAACAUUCAACCUGGUGUACAAUAGCAAAUACCGCCACAUGCGACUGACCAAAACCAUUUGACGCACCCGAAAUGUUAGAAAUUCAUGAAAUCCAAAAAUCCUCUCGAUUUUUAUAACCAAACUUUUCAAUAACGAGCAAGAGCGAUCACGAAAGCUUGGAUUUGUUGUCUUUUACUACGAAAUAAUUCCAAAGGAAUAUUGUCACAUUUUAACACGAUUUUAUAGGUUUAUCGACUACUUGAUACUCAGUUUUUGUACUCCAAUACAAAAAAGCAAUCUUUUGUUACGUUAUACUACGAAUGCUGUGUCGAAUGGUUUUUUUUUUCUUCAAUUGAUAAGUAUCCCGACUCCAGGAGACACGGAACAACGAAUUUGCUUCAAGCCCACAGCAUAUACGGCUGUGUACACGCGCUGUGUUUAUCUAGUUACGUUAAGCGAUGUUGAUCAUCAUAUUUCGAAAAAAAAUAUAUUUAUUUUGUACAAUAAAUUUGUAUUUCUAUCGUAAAAAAAAGAAAAAGAAAAUGUAUUCGUGUAUUUAAUGUCAUCGAAUCGAUGAAUUGAAUACUUUUUUUUUUUUUGUAAAUAUUCCAAGUACGAAACUCUUUUGCGUUUACUUUACGCCAGAGUUUUUAAAAAGUUAAGCCCGCGUAC